AUGGAAAACUUGCUCAUUAGCGUGACCUUGCGCAAGAUCUCUGGAUUUGGAAGCGAUAACUCGGUGCCACUAGGAAGAACGUGGACGUACUGCUUUCAGUGGCAAGAAAAGAAGCUCAGCUUGAGCGAAAAGAAGCGAGAGUUGGAGCAUCUCGAAGCAAGAGGAAUUCAACUAUCCAAGCGAAAGCGUGGAGAUCGGAGCUCGCCUGAGAGUGACAACGCCGAUAUCUUGUCUUCAUACGUCGAUGUUGACGAUUUCAUUCCAAACGAGUAUGCGAGAGAUCCGCCAACUACUUCGAAGAACAGCAUAACGCAUCUUACUCCGCCAGAUCUUACUCGACGACCACGUGACAAGCGAAAUGAAGCUUCGUGGACAUCCAAUCAACACCGUGCUUGGCUUCGAGCCAACCGCGAAGAUAAAUUUCGUGCUAUGCACAUUAUUGCACUUAUCGAAGGUGUGGAACGUGUUCUUUGCUCCCUUCGGUUUUACAAAGAGACUGGAUUAUUCUGUGCUACACCGGGCUUUUCUGCUUCAAUUGUGGAGCCUGAAAAUGAUCCAGACCUGCUUAUCAAGGGCCCCAAGCUUUCAACGUACCAUAUACCUACUCCUUCAGGUUCAUUAUACGAGUAUGUGCUAGACAACAUUCACGAUCUACUUCCGUUUGCUUCUGCUGAGGAUCAAAGACUCUCCCGAGACAUCCGAUUGCAGGAGGAAAAGCGCGAUAGGGCUGAGGUGACUCGAUGGCAGCAGCUGAACAAGAAUCCCAAAUUAUUUGAACAACGGAUCAGUGGCAAUAAUAUGCAGCACAAGAUGAUGAUAUCGCUUGAAGUGGUUGCGGUAGAUAACCCGCAAACAACGGAUCCGAUCUUCGUGGAGUAUGAACUUGAGCUGCCCGGUCGUGCUGGAUACCCUCAAUGGAAAUUUCAAGCUGGGAAUAAUACUCGGAAGCGAGGUAAAACGUCGUUAUCGCUACCUCAGCGACCUGCGUAUCCAGGUUGUUUUACUUCCGCAGCAUUUGGUUGUCAUCAGCAUUUUAAUCUGAAACUCGUCAAAUCUGAACUAUCGGAGAUUUCGUCACAUACAAAGGGGGAGGAUAAUUUUGGGAACAUUGUUGCUUGCCCAAUUCUCCACUUAAGGGUAUAUUCUCGAGAUUCAUGGCGACGGAAGAGAACCCAAGGCAACGGAGAGAUAAAACUGAGAAAUUCUUCUGGGUUUUACGAUUUAGAUGUGCCUAUUCACAAACCGAUUUUCUCGAUCCGUGAUCAAAUGGAAGAGCUCUUUCUGGGUAUUGACGAAAGCACUGAAGAUGACGAUUUCAUUGCCGGUCGAUUACGGGAAGUCAAUGCUGAUGAAUCACCUAUCUCCACUACGAUCACCAGUCGGUUAGGACAAAAAACGGAGUCGACAGGCACAACGGUUCGAAUUCGCUGUAACAUCGUCGAUCUACCGCCAUCGAAACAUCCUGGCGGGGCCAACAACGCACGGCUAUCAUCUCCAUCUAUUGCACCAUCCUUAACAAAUACUCGCAUUGUAAAGCGAAGCGUUCAAGAAAUCCUGCAAUCUGUUAAGUUAGAGAAGCGAUUGGCUAGCAUAACAGACCCCCGUAUUCAAGCGGCACUACGCUCAUCGCCUCCCACUGACGAAGAAGCAACCGCGGAAACACUAAUAGACAAAAGUGAUCUAGUUUAG